AGCCUCAGGUAAAUGAUUGUCAGAGACCUGUCAUUGAGAGCUGUGGCUGGUUGCUGCGUUUCAAAAGCCCACUGAUUCCUCUGCAAGACGGAGCAGCAUCUUCUAGCCCUUUCCUCAUUUCAGAUCUCUCCAGGUCGCCUGCAGAAGGAACUAGCAGAUCCACAAACAUGAAUGAUGAAGACUACAGCAACAUCUACGACACAAUCCAGAAAGACAGGAUAUAUGAGGUUCCAGAAGAUAAUGCAGGUCCUUUAUAUGAUGCUGUCCAGGAAGAUGACAGACCAGAAAACACCUUAUAUGCCGCUGGGCUGCAAAACCACGAAUACGAUUCUGUGUCAGUCUAUGCUGUUAGGGAGGAAGAGAACGGGUUGGGCUCUUCCCAAGCAGAAGUAGAAGACUACCUCCUGCCCGAUGAGGUGUGCCCUGAGGUCCAGGAUCCUCAAACAGUGGACCUCCAGGAGGAUGGGGACAUCUCAGUGGAAGAAUGCCAUUCACCAUUCCAGGACCAUGGGGGCUGCCCAGAGGAGCCACUGGAAAAUGGAAGCAGGAUAAAGGAAGACCUGCCUUCUCCUGCAAGCUUCACCAUCCAGCGCUGCCAGACCUUCUUCGCCAGCAAGGACUCCCCCAUCUCCUAUUCUGAAACUGAUGAUUUGGAAAAAAAUCAAACAGUUUCCAUGAACCCUGAGAUUUUCCUGUUUGUGAAGGCCGGAAUCGAUGGGGAAAGCAUUGGCAACUGUCCUUUCUCUCAGCGUCUCUUUAUGAUCCUCUGGCUGAAAGGAGUCGUGUUCAACGUCACCACGGUGGAUCUGAAAAGAAAGCCAGCCGACCUGCACAACCUAGCCCCUGGAACCCAUCCACCCUUCCUGACCUUCAACGGAGAUGUGAAGACAGAUGUCAAUAAGAUCGAGGAGUUCCUGGAGGAGACCUUGACCCCUGAAAAGUACCCCAAACUGGCUGCGAAACACCGGGAGUCCAACACGGCAGGCAUUGACAUCUUCUCCAAGUUCUCUGCCUACAUCAAAAACACCAAGCAGCAAAAUAAUGCUGCCCUUGAGAGAGGUCUGACCAAGGCACUGAAGAAACUGGAUGACUACCUGAAUACCCCGCUGCCAGAGGAGAUCGACAUCAACACCCAUGGGGACAAUGACAAGGGGUCUCGGCGCAAGUUCCUGGAUGGGGAUGAGCUGACUCUGGCCGACUGCAAUCUGUUGCCCAAGCUCCAUGUGGUCAAGAUUGUGGCCAAGAAAUACCGCAACUACGAUUUCCCAGCGGAGAUGACAGGCCUGUGGCGGUACCUUAAGAAUGCCUAUGCCCGGGACGAGUUCACCAACACCUGUGCAGCGGACAGCGAGAUCGAGCUGGCUUAUGCGGAUGUCGCCAAGCGCCUCAGCCGGUCCUGAGCCCUGCCCAUGCCCGUCCUGAUGCACAGGGCUCCACUUCUCCCCAAGAACUCCACUUUACAGACUCCUCUAAUGCAAUGCCUCCGCAAACUUUUUUUUUUUUUUUUUUUUUAAAUCAGUCCCCAUCUUGCUGGCAUCACCAGAACUCCAGCCCAUGAUCAUCUUUUGAGGUCAGCGCCAUCCCCUGCCUAUCACGCAGGAAUCUGGCAAGCACAGAGGAUAGAAACAGACCACCUCUCUGCUGGCCGACCUGAUCUGGGAUGGGUGUAUCCUGGUCAGUUUGGACCGACCUGCCGAACGGUGACUAGUUCCAUCUGCCAAUAUCAAAAUAUCACUCAGAUGCUUUAGAAACGCACCCCACCGUCUCCUCUUCCUCCCUCUUCUUUGUCAGUAACUUCGAGGCCAAGGACAAAUGCCCUUUGCGUUCCUAUUAGAGAGAGAUUCAUGCCUUGGUAGGGGAAACGCAGGGAAUGGAGGAGAAGGGAGUUGGUGGUGGAUUGGGACAUCUGGCAAACACACCGCCAGUAGCUCACUGCUUCUGACCCUGCUGUCCUUGGGCACUGAAGGCCAGAUUGCAAAGUCACUUCAGACACAUUCUCAAUUCACUGCAGUGCUGUUGUGCGCCUGGCUGGUGCUGACCAUGGGUUUUCCGUGUUGUCCGGCAAUUUUCCAGGAAGAAAAUUGGCAUGCAAUUCCAAACCAGGGUGCCUGGGAUGGGGAGGCGAGACAGAGUAGUGUUGAUGCCAAAAAGCCCACAGGGUUUGCUAGCUUAGGAGUGGGUGUUUCAUGGGCAAUUUCAUGCCUGGGUUUGACUGUGCUUAUCAGUGAGUGGCUUGUGGUCUGUGACAAAGCAGACAGGAGGGGAGAGGGGGGGACGGGUGAAGGCAAAAGAGUUUGGUAUGAGGCUUGAUGUUCCCUGGUAGACUUGGUCUUUUCUCCCUUGAUCUAAAUCUUGGACUGGGAUAUCAUGUAACUCCCAACCUUAUGGGAAGAAACCAGGAAUUGGCCAAAAAUAUCUUUCCAGGUUUUUCCAAGUUGCACCUGGAUGCAGGUGGGCUGAAUGGGUGCCUUCAGGCAGCUGCUCGGGGCCAAUUCGACUGAGGCCUCUGCUGGAUGAGAAUGUGGACUUCAGGAAGUGGCAUGAUGGUGGACCGCCUUAGGGAGAACAUCCACACUGGGAAGACCAUGUGGUUUAAACUUGAAGGAAAAAACUGUACCCAUCUGGGUUAACUUUGCUACCAUCCAUCAGACUCAGCUGCCAGAUGAAAUAAAGGCAACCAUGUUCCAGCUACUUUUUCCCUCCUUACUCAUUGUUUCCUCAAGUUUCGCCUCCUUAAGAGCUUACCCUGCCUGAGCAUGGAGACCUGUGCGGAGGAAACGAAGAAAAAUGAAGCAAUCAUCAACUCCCUGGCCCACUGAAUGCCCCAGGAGGAAAUCCAUCAGCCUCUGGCCCUCACCUUCCACAGUCCUUUCCUUCCUCUCUCUUUUUGGUGGAGGGCGAGGCUCCCAAAUGCCGGAAAGCCCCUGGACUUGGCUCAUUUCUCCGUGAGGGCAGGAUAGCACGGUCCUUUCCCUGGAAACAUCAACAAAUCCUAACCCAAGCGCUCCCUGGACCCGCCUGCCUCCAGGGAGCUCCAAAGAAAAAAAUAGGGCCCAUUGAUGAAACCAGGGGAGGAAGCAAGAGAGCUCUCCCCAUUAGCCCACUGAGGAAGACCAGGUUUCUCAGGAGGACAAUUUACAAGCCUGAGAGAGCUUUGAAAAGGCAGAAUGAGUUGAUUCAUUUCCACCCUAAAGGAACCUUUCCACAGUCUCUCUGGAAACCGCCCCUGGAGAUGUUUAAAAUGGAGAACUGGUGGGGGAACAGCCCCUUUUACUGUGAGGAGAGGCCCCAAACUGGACUUCUGAGGGCUGAGAGCUUGAAUGAUCCAGAUCUUAUAGUUAGUGUGAAAUGGAGCUGUUUCUUGGGAAGUUUUUCCUGAUCUUACAGCAUGGCCAGAAGAAAGGGGGUGGUUCACUCUCCUGCGCCCAGGUGGCCUCCUCUGCAAAGUCACCUGCAAAGGAACACAGAGGGACCCCAGGGGGAGCAGCUCCCCAGCCCAGGGGAGUCCACAGAAUGCUAAGGAGGCUGAUGUGAUAUCAGAAUCCAGCAAUUGUCAAGUUUUUAAAAACAAACAGGCCAAACCAAGUCAAUAUUGUUCUUUCUAGAUGUUCCUCCUAUGCUUGAGUUGGUUUUACAUAAAUGGCAAUAUUUAGGCCCUGUGGGGGUAUUUUGUGACAAAUUAUAACCAUUUUAAAGAGGGGUAGGAGUUAGAGAAGGAAAGCUCUUUUGGGUACUUAAAACACCUUUUUAUUUCAGCAGUAGAUCAUCAUAUAAUGCAAUUGGCUAUCGGCUUAGAGCUACAUAUGUAAAAAUAACAAUAAUAUUAAUAGUACUACUUUCUAAUUACUUUUUUUUCCCCCCAAAGAUAUUUUUUCUCCAGUUCCUCCAGACUCUCUGGGCUUUGCCUUAACCUUGUCACAUGCACAGUGCACCCUCUCUUAGCUAUGGUGUGGUGAGGCCAGGAACCACCUUGGGGAGAAUUGAAAACUGAUAUCUGGACUCGCUACUCCAGAUCUUGUGGGAAGGAGGUGGUCCUUGUGAUUGUGUCGAGAUCCUGUUUCAUCUUGUAUUUAUUUGUCUCUUUUGACUUUGACAUCACAAUUUUUGUGUGGAGUAGGUUCAUGGGAGGCAGAAGCAGAAAACUAGAGCCACACUCCAGUCACCCCAUGACUCGAUUAUAGAGUUGAAAUGACCAACCUCUUCAGGACUUCCUCCUAGAUGGGUUGGCCCAGAGAGAAGGGAUUGGAUAAGAUUUUAAUAACUAUACAAGAUGAGCUGGGGUAAGUAAAAUCUGAAUUGAUUCAGAGCACAGUUCCUUCAUCUCCUGACUAAGGAAGACAAGUCUCUGACAAAUUCAGAGUCACAGACAUGGAUAUGACUCUCCUUUUAGACAAGAGGUCUGGAAGCCACCUGGUACCACAGAAAUGAGCUGAAAUGUGGAAAACACAGUCAGUCAGCUUUUGUGACCACAGGACCCCAAAGUAGUUUCAGCUUCCCAGGAAAUGGCACCGGUCCCUCCUCCCGAUGACAGGGCCCUGGUAGGAUCUUGAUCUUCACAUCAAAGAAAAGCCCUCCAGCCAGGUGGGUGGUACAUGCCUUAGCUCCACCUGCCCAGGAGGCUGAGGCAGGAGGGUCAUGACUUCAAGGCCAGCCUGGGCAACAUAGUGAGAUCCUGUCUCAAAAAGUUUUUUGAAAAGACAUACCGGAAGUGGUUUCCUGGGCUGUAUUUCCUGGCACUUGUCAAAUGAAGCAACAGAAGCCCUUCACAGCCCUGUGCCUGGUGGUGGCUGUUCUGUGGAUGACAGUACCCCAGGGUCUUAGAAUGGAGAAUAUCUGGAACAGAGAGAGCUGGGCCAGCUCAGGGGCCCAGGAAUCAGCAAGGCCUAGAUCAAUAGAAUGAAUAAGGAGACAGGCAGGAAGGGCAGAUGUGUCUAGUAAGAAUCUACCCUCACUGUGAGGAUCUGCAUCUAAAAUUAAAUGGGUCUAGAAGCAACAGGUGUCCAGUAGGUGCCUCUGCGGUUCACCUUCAUCCCCCCUGGCCAGGAGCCAGCUUAGCUGCACGGGGGAUCAAGACACUGGUGUCGUCUUCCUUGGAAAGAAGAGAUGCUCAUGGCUAUAACUAAGUUCAGUGAUUCUCAAGGUAUCACUUUCCUGUUUGGUUUUCCUACCACAUUAAGAAGAAUCUGAAGAAAGCAUUAGGAAAAAUGGGUCCAUGUGAAGCAUCUGAUUCUGACGUCAGGAGAAUGUAAGUGAUCUCGUCCUUGGCCUUGGGGCCCUCUGCACACGGCCCCGGGCCUUGUGUCCACCACUUUCUACCGCUCAAAUCAGACGGCUAGUAUCCUCCUCCUGCUACACAUUCUUCUCCCCUGGUCAAUCCUUGCUCAGCUUAGUUUCAGGGCAAUUUUCUCUCCUAAUUAGGUAUGAUCCAAACUGUGCAUAAUGAUAUUUAAUGUGAUUUAAGGAAAUAGAUUCAAACCCCCAUCCCACUACCAAAAGUAAAUAAAAUGUUGCUUAAUAUAAGGUUUGGACUAAUCUGUAUUUCUAUGAAAGUAAUCUAGGGUUUUUUGUUUUGUUUUGUUUCAUUUUGUUGGCAAAACAUAGUUUUAAGGAUCCAAUCAUCUAAAGUAUUUUACAUAGAGUUAGAGAUUUCACAAUAUUAACUAUGCAUAUAUUUAAAAUAUAAAAUAUCCAGCUGACGUUUGAAUUUGACAUAUUUUUCUGGCCACCCGAUAGUUCUGUUUUAUAAGCUGGGGAGUUGACUCAUUUAGCAAAAGAUGCUUAGCUUUUAUAAAAGGACAAGCAUUUCAUUUUAUAAAGACACUCCAAGUGAUAGUUACUUGAUUUUCUCAAGACCUUUAACUGUGGUGAUAAAAUAACAGGCCUUGCUUUCAAGCCUUAACAAAUGUAAAAUGCCUUUUAAUAAAGACAUAGCUGAGUGUUUUCCUCAUGACUCUGAACCAGUUAUAAAUUUUUUUUCCAGUCUUGAUUGGUAUUGACUGAUUUAAAUAAAGUUGGUUUAUUUUCAAAUAUUA